CUAUGCAGCCCAGGCUGGCCUUCAACUCACAGAGAUCUGACUGCCUCUGCCUACUAAGUGCUGGACUAAAGGUGUGCACCACUAUACCUGAGCAUAUCUAGGUUUUCAAUGAGUUUGCUGUUUUAUUUUUGUUUUUUGAGACAGAGUCUUUUAUAUAGCACUGACUAGCCUGGAACUUUCUGUGUAACAGUUGCCCUUGAACUUGUGAUUCUCCUGCCUCUGUCUCCUGUGUAUUAGGGUUAUAGAUUUACUCUCCCACCCCUUUGUGUACAGGGCUGGGGACUGAAGCCAAGGCUCUGUGCACACUAGGCAAGUACUCAGCUAUGACCACAGCUCUGGAUCUGUAAACUGAAAGAACUAGAGUCAGAUAGGAGGAAGAAAUGCUCCAGAUUACAUUGCCAAGAAAGACCUCACUUGGGAGACCUGAGCUAAACCUUGCAAGGACUAAAAAGAGUAUUCCAGAAGAAAUAAGUUCGAGGGGUUGGGGAUUUAGCUCAAUGGUAGAGCACUUGCCUAGCAAGUGCAAGGCCCUGGGUUCAGUCCUCAGCUCUGAGAAAAAAAGGAAAGAAAGAAAGAAAGAAAGAAAGAAAGAAAGAAAGAAAGAAAGAGAGAAAGAAAGACAAAAUAAUAAGAAAUAAGUUCAAAACCCUAAAGCAAGGCCAAAUGUGGUCAUGCGUUCUUGUAAUGCCAACACUCGGGAGGCUAACAUAGGAGAACUGCUUCAAGUUCAAGGACAGCUUGGACUAUAUGUGUUUAAAGCCAGCCUGGGUGACACAGUGAUGCCUGUCUCAAAAAGCCACAGGAGUGUAUGAGGAACUCAGAGGAAGCCAUGAGCUUGGAAACAAGCAUGGUGUUGCAUGCCUGAAACCCCAACACUUGGGAAGCUGACAAAGAAGGAAAAUUUGGACCAGUCCUGGCUCUAUAGUGAACUCCAGGUUGGUCUUGGCUAUAUAAUGAGACCCUGUCUCAAAGAAAGAGGAGGGUGUGCUGGAAAGAUGGCUCAACAGUUAAGAACACUGCUCUUACAGAAGACUGGAGUUUAGUUCCCAGCACCCACAUGGGACAGCUCACAAUUGCCUAUGACUCCAGCCCCAACGGAUUCAAUGUCUCUGUUUUCCAUGUGUAAGCAUUCCAGCUUGGACAGAAAGGCGUCCUGGCAGCCGAGAGCCAAGGACUACCACAAAGUCCCACUGCCCAACAAACCUCACACAAGAGAUUUACUGGGAGGGAAAAAACCAGGCUGCCUCUGCUGGAACAAGAAGCAGCAGCAAACUGAGCAGGAUACAAAACUUAUAUAGAGCUUCUUGGGAAGGGGGUGGGGCUUUCCAGGGUGGAGAUUGGUGGGAUUUCAGGUCCAGAGACCGGGCUUUUUACUCUGUAGGGUGGGGGCAGGGUCCAGCAGUUAGGGCAAUUAGAGUAUUGUGUGGGUGGAACCUGGCAGUUAGAGGUCCCCGGGGGAGGUGCCUGGCCACUCGUGUGGCACGAGGGACUUCCACUAUGGGUACCUGCACACAUGUGCACAGACACAAGCAUUAUUUUAAAAUAAACUUAAGAGUGGGAUGAAACAAAAAUUGAAGCACGGAGGUAGGAGAAGGGGUGCUUCCGAGAAGCUGCCAAGUGCUGUGGUCUAGUAUUUAGGGUGCGUGCAGGGGCGGGGUAGGCACAGGGAGAAGGUUAGGUGGACCUCUUUAGGACUCCUGGCUGCUGGGCUGAGCAUGGGGACACAAGUCUUUAAUUUUAGCACUAAAGAGACAGAGCAGGGGCCAGUGGAUCUAUCUCUAUGACUUGGAGGCCAGGGAGUACCAGGCCAGCCUGGAUCACAAAGACAGAUCCUGACUACAAAAAAAAUAAAAACAACAUAAAAGCCUCGAGUGGAGUCCAGAGUGCAGUUACGUCGGUCUCGUGAGAGGCCGCUGUGGUGAGAGGCUAAGACGGAGUGGCUGUAGGAGGUGCUCCGGCCCUGAGGAGGUGUGGCGAGGGUGCCUGGAGUCUAGAGCCGCUUAUUGGCAGUGAGGUGGGCGUGACAAGAACAACUCUACGCAGGCGCCAAGCUCACUCGUUUCCAUGGCGACAGGGACCCACGCGCGGGCUUCAACGGCUUAGCAACUGUCCUGUCCCAGACUUUGGUCCCGCCACUGGAGUCUGUUAGUUUCUCCAAUUCCGACUGCUGCCCCAAGCCAAAGGAAUCCUGUCCCCACCACCAACCAUCACCUCCCAACCCUCGGCAUGGGCGACCUGGAGCUGCUGCUGCCUGGGGAGGCUGAAGUGCUGGUGCGAGGCCUGUGCAGCUUCCCGCUACCGGAGAUGGGAUCUGAAGGGUGGAGUAAGCAGCAUGAGAGCCUGGAGAAGCUGAACAUGCAAGCCAUCCUUGACGCCACUGUCAGCCAGGGUGAGCCCAUCCAGGAGCUGCUGGUCACCCACGGGAAGAUCCCAACACUGGUGGAAGAGCUGAUUGCAGUGGAGAUGUGGAAACAGAAGGUGUUCCCAGUGCUGUGCAGGCUAGAGGACUUCAAGCCCCAUAACACCUUCCCCAUAUACAUGGUGGUACACCAUGAGGCUUCCAUCAUCAAUCUUCUAGAGACAGUGUUCUUCCACAAGGAGGUGUGUGAGUCAGCAGAUGACAAGGUCUUGGACCUAGUGGACUAUUGCCACCGCAAGCUGAUACUGCUGGUGGCCCGGACUGGCUGUGGUGACCCAUAUGAGGAAGAACGGUCCCAGGACAGUACCCCUAUGCAAGAGCUGCAGAAACAGGCUGAGAUGAUGGAAUUUGAGAUCUCACUGAAGGCCCUCUCGGUACUUCGCUACAUCACAGACUGCGUGGAUAGCCUCUCCCCGAGUACCUUGAACCGCAUGCUCAGAACUCACAACUUGCCCUGCCUCCUGGUGGAGCUGCUGGAGCACAGUCCCUGGUGCCGGCGGGAAGGAGGCAAACUGCAGCAAUUUGAGAAUGGCCGCUGGCAGACAGUGCCCCCCUCAGAGCAGCAAAGGCUAAAUAAGCUGGAUGGGCAAGUGUGGAUCACCCUGUAUAACCUACUGCUCAGCCCUGAGGCCCAAGCCCGAUACUGCCUUACAAGCUUUGUUAAGGGACAGCUUCUUAAGCUUCAGGCCUUCCUCACGGAUACACUUCUUGACCAGCUGCCCAACCUUGCGGACCUGAAGGGUUUCCUGGCCCACCUGGCCCUGGCUGAAACCCAGCCCCCUAAGAAGGACCUGGUGUUGGAACAGAUCCCGGAAAUCUGGAAUCAGCUAGAGCGAGAGAACAAAGGCAAAUGGCAGGCUAUUGCCAAGCACCAGCUGCAGCAUGUAUUCAGCCCCUCAGAGAAGGACCUUCGCCGGCAGGCCCAGAGGUGGGCUGAAACCUACAGGCUGGAUGUCCUAGAGGCAAUAGCUCCAGAGAGACCCCACUGUGCUUACUGCCAAGCAGAGGCCUCCAAGCGCUGCUCCAGAUGCCAGAGUGUGUGGUAUUGCUGCAGGGAUUGCCAAGUCAAGCACUGGGAGAAGCACGGAAAGACAUGUGUUCUAGCAGCCCAAGGUGACAGAGCCAAGUGAAGGCUGCAGCUUCUGACGGCCAGAAUGUGACUCUGAGACUCGGUAGUUCUGCCUGGCUCCUGUCAGACCUCAAUUUCUCUGGUGGUGAGCACAGCUGAGCCAAGUAGCGCUGCAAACCACCACCACCCGACAAACACACAAGCAAAGGCUCUUCGCUUCCUGCCCCACCCCACGAAUAUGUAAAGAAGAGAACCAGGCCUCAGCAUCAGCAAACUGGCAGACAGGGUUGGGGGACGUACGAAAGGGCCGGAUGUGCAGACCCUUUUCCUUUAUCACAGUAAAGGGGACACGAAACUCA